GACACGAUAGACGCAGUUCUCUCCGCCCCAUCGUCUAUCGAGGUACCGUCUGCCUCCCAGCAGACUGCUGCAUCUAGCACUUCUCGCUUGAGACUUCCGACGCGUCGCGCCAUUCGCACAGCCCGUUGUGGCGCUCAGCUGGCGACUCGCGAUGACGUUGUGUCAUCUCUCAUGGACUUGAGCAUUCUGCAGGCUCGUCAGGAGCGCCUCACGAGACACAUCAACGUCCUGCGUCGUCUUCUCGCCUUGCUCUCUGACCCUGAUCGCAACCUACCCAUCAUCCCUAUUCGCCUAGGGACAUCUACGAGGGUGUACCGCGCUUUAUGGAACUCUGGCUCGCAGGGAGAUUUCGUUCACCCUCGAGUGGUUGAGGAAGCUCGCCUAGCUACCUCUGGGUCUCGCUCUCCUAUCUCCGUUACCCUCGGAGAUAACAAGACGCAAUGCUUCUUCGAUCAGACAGUCCCCGACCUCCACUUCUCCCUCACCCUCCAGCCACCGGAUAGUACCCAGGCGCCUCGACGCUACCAUUCCUCCGCCUACUUCGACGUGCUGGAGACUGGGUACAACUUUAUCCUUGGCACUCCCUGGUCUCGCCGGUUCCGUAGCACAGAGGCCGAAUGGGCGUUUGAGACACUCAUUCUUAAAACGAAGUGUGGUCAAACCCAUCGAGUCCCCUUCAUUGGAACCACAGGCGACACCCCUCCAAACCUACCUCCCAAGGACCCUCGUCCUUCUGGGUCCCACCCAAACAUCUCCUUCACUUCUCCCCGUCAGUUUGCUCACUUCAUCCGACAGGAGGACGUCACGCUCUACUCAGUGAACGUCAUGGAUCUUCUUCGCUACGAUCCACUCUGUCCCGAGGUUGAGCUCAUCUCACUGGAGCCCGAUCCCCCUGACCCUUCCUCCAUCUUCGCGGCUCCCAUCUCUACAUCCACCCCGCAGCCUGCGGAUACCUCCUCGACAUCCCAAGUUCCUACGCCGUCCACUGCCGAGUCCACCCAUACGUCUUGUGCCGACGCAAACGUUGAGGAACUCAUGCGGUUCACGGCUGACUUAGAGCCCGUCAUUCGCGACCUGAUUCGGGAGUACCGCGACGUCUUUCCCCCGUAUUUCUCAUACAGCGGGAUUCCCCUGACGCACACUCGUUGCCCUGCGCUUGACGACUGGAUCACCCACAUGGCGGCGAUUAUGAAGCGCGCACACGAGCGUUUAGCAGACUCCCAGAUUCGCAUGGCCGCACGAGCGAACCGAUCACGAAUGGAUCAUCCAUUCAAAGUCGGUGACGAUGUGCUCAUCGACGCACGCCACUUACAGCUCGAAGCAAAUAUGCUUCGCAAGUUCAGGCGUCGUUUCUUCGGUCCAUGCCGCAUCCUUCAGGCCGUCGGCUCUGAUACUGCCGCUAGUCCGGUCAGCUUCCGUGUGAAGCUACCUAAUUACCUUCGACAGGCUCGCGUACACGAUGUUUACCACGUCUCCUUGCUGCGUCCUUAUCGCAGACCGUCCGAGCGCUUCGCCGGACGCCCUUAUGAGCGCCCUCCACCUAUCAUGGUGGACGGUCACGAGGAGUUCGUUGUUUCCGACAUCGUAUCACGCCGAGUUACCGACGAUACCCCUCUACGCAUCGAGUACCUUGUGCGUUGGAAGGGCUACCCUGAUGAGGAGGCUACUUGGGAGCCCCUCGAGCACUUGCAGCACGCCAGGAUGUUGGUGCGUGCAUAUGAUCGUGCUCGGCGUGCUGGGACAUUUGCUUCUACUCAGCCGACUGACCCCCUUCCUCCUCCUCCGGCUAAGGAGAUCGCUGAGGAUGAGCCCGCUCCCUCUGAGGCCGUUCCUCAGCCGCAGAUGGUCGCCUCCGAGCGUCCACAGCGCACUCAUCGUCGCCCUUCACGUUACGAUGACUGACACUCUUAUCCUCCAUCUUUCCCCA